AUGUCGGUUCAGACAGCCUCCAUCAAGCCUUUUACGGACCAGAAGCCGGGCACCUCUGGUCUUCGCAAGAAGGUCAAGGUCUUCCAGCAGCCCCACUACUCCGAGUCCUUCAUCACCAGUAUUCUCCUGUCGAUCCCCGAGGGCGUGAAGGACUCCUUCCUGGUCAUUGGUGGUGAUGGUCGCUUUUACAACCCUGAGGUCAUCUCCAAGAUCGCCCAGAUCGGUGCCGCCUACGGUGUCAAGAAGCUGCUGGUCGGCCAGAAUGGUAUCAUGAGUACCCCUGCGGCCAGCAACUUGAUCCGCGUGAGAAAGGCAACUGGUGGUAUUCUGUUGACCGCCAGUCACAACCCUGGUGGCCCCGAUAACGACUUUGGUAUCAAGUACAACUUGGCCAACGGCGCCCCCGCUCCUGAAUCCGUGACCGACAAGAUCUACGAAACCUCCAAGUCCCUGACUUCCUACAACUAUGUCGACGUCGGUGAUGUUGACACCUCAAGCAUUGGCACCAAGACCUACGGCCCCCUCGAGGUGGAGGUUGUCCACUCGACUGCCGACUACGUGACCAUGAUGAAGGAGAUCUUCGACUUCGACCUGAUCAAGGACUUCCUCAGCUCCCACAAGGACUUCAAGGUUCUCUUCGACGGUAUGCACGGUGUCACCGGUCCCUACGGCACCGACAUUUUCGUCAAGGAGCUCGGAUUGCCCGCCAGCAGCACCAUGAACUGCGAGCCCAAGCCGGACUUUGGCGGCGGUCACCCCGACCCCAACCUGGUUUACGCCCACGAGCUCGUUGAGGCCGUCAACAAGAACGGUGUGCAUUUCGGCGCUGCCAGUGAUGGCGAUGGUGACCGCAACAUGAUCUACGGCGCCAACACCUUCGUCUCCCCCGGUGACAGCUUGGCUAUCAUUGCCCACCAUGCCAAGCUCAUCCCCUGGUUCCAGAAGCAGGGCGUCUACGGCCUGGCCCGUUCCAUGCCUACCUCCGGCGCUGUCGACCGCGUGGCUGAGGCCCUGGGCCUGCAGAGCUACGAAGUGCCUACCGGCUGGAAGUUCUUCUGUAACCUGUUCGACAACAAGAAGAUCUCCAUCUGCGGUGAGGAGAGCUUCGGUACCGGUAGCAACCACAUCCGUGAGAAGGACGGUGUCUGGGCCGUCGUGGCCUGGUUGAACGUCAUCGCCGGCGUUGCCAAGCAGACCCCCAACGAGACCCCCAGCAUUGCCUCCAUCCAGAACGACUUCUGGAAGACUUACGGCCGUACUUUCUUCACCCGCUACGACUACGAGAAUGUCGACAGCGAGGGUGCCAACAAGGUCGUCGGCAUUCUGGCUGACCUCGUCGCCAACCGCGAUACCUUCAUCGGCUCCAGCAUUGAGGGACGCAAGGUCGUUGACGCUGGUAACUUCUCCUACACCGACCUUGACGGCAGUGUCUCCAAGAACCAAGGUCUUUACACCAAGUUCGACGAUGGCAGCCGCAUCGUUGUUCGUCUGUCCGGUACUGGCAGCAGCGGCGCCACCAUCCGCCUGUAUGUUGAGCGCUACGAGAGCGACAACUCUAAGUUCGGCCUGAACGCCCAGGAAUACCUGAAGGAUAACAUCUCUCUUGCUCUGAACCUGCUCAAGUUCAAGGAGUAUGUUGGCCGUGACGAGCCUGAUGUUAAGACCUAA